CGGAGACAGACCUGUGACCGACAAAAUGGCUCCCGGCCGUUGGGAUUCCUAUUAGCGAUUACCUGCCGCCACGCCGAAAGGAUUACGCCUCCUCACUGAAAAGCGCCUGGGAAACCUCUUUGAAGUCCCGGCUCAGUCUCGGGACGUAAUUCCCGCAGAAGGCUAGUUCGACGCGUAUGAGAUAAUUUUCUUUCCAAGACCGAGACUAGUAACCCUAAGAGCUGGACGGGCUGAGGAAGAGGAGAGCAAGUUUGCAUGGAAUGAUAAUUCGCGCUGCUGAGCCUUCUGGGAAAUGUAGUUCGGAGCAGGAAAAGCGGUGGAUAGAUAUCGGAAAGUCAAUUCGAUUCUCUUAAAACUAAGCCACACCCGGGACACUUUUGACAUUGCCAGUGCGCAGGCGCAGACGUCCUGAGUCGCCAUUUUGGCCUUUGUUCUGGGUGUAACAUUCAGGUGCUGUAUCAUUUCCCCACUUACUGGUUGUAAAGUCACUAAACUGGAUGUGAUCCUCAGUUGAAGUAAGAAGAGCAAUGGAUGAUGGAACGAAUGUGCUGGAGAUAUUGUCAAGGUGUGUCUUAUGGCCCAGAAUGUGGCCUAUCUUUGAAUAUUCCAUGUGAACGAGAAGAACAUGUUUUCUGCUAUUUGGGGAUGAAAUACUCUAUAAAUGUCAAUUUAAAUUCAGUUGAUCAUGCUCUUCAGUUCAACUAUAUCUUUACUGAUUUUCUGCCUGCUGGAUCUGUCAGUUACUGAAAGAGAAGAAGCAUAAGACGUUAAGGAGCAGAAAGAACAGCAUAACAAAAGCUUGUGAGUGAACUUACAUCUACUUCCACAACAGUACAGGCUUGUACUAUUGAAGGCAGAGAAUGUAAAAAACUUGGGAAAAUAUUUUCUCUAAUCACAGACAUUGUUUCCUCAAAAUAAUGCCUCUGUGAAAGAGACUUCACUUUGAAAGAAUUCUUGUCAUGCUUAACUAAGCACAAAGGAUAAAAGAAUGAAUACAAGUUUUGCCAUAGUUUUUCCCAUGUGGUAGUCAUCCCCUUUAUGCGUAAUGAGUGUGAAAGUCUUCUGUUGGAAAUUCAACCUCACAAGAUACCCAAGAAUUAAUACUUGAGAGAAACUAUUUGGGUGUAAUGAAUGUCGGAAAGUUGUAUUCACAUCAAAGAAAUCAUGCAGGAGUAAAACCUUGUGUAUAAGGAAUAUUGGAAAUCCCUUAGCCAGGUAUUAAAUCUCAUUAAGCAUGAGAAUAUUCAUACAUAAAUUAGUAUUAUAAUGAUCAUGGGAAUGCUUUUAUCUGAAGCAAAAUCCCAUGGAGUAUGACAAAAUUCUUACUAGAGAGAAAAUAUAUGAGUGUCCUGAAUGUAGUUAAGUCUGCUCUUUAUAGUCAUCUUUUACUCCACAUUUGAAAAAUCAUACAAGGGAAUAAGCAUAUAAAUGUAAUAUAGGAAACCUUUCAACCAGAUAGAAAACCUCUGUAGUCAUCAGAAAAUUCAUACUGGAGAGAAAUCAUAUAAAUGUGGGAAAGUUUUGAUUCAAAUGUCAAAUCUUAGACACAAGAGAUUUCAUACUGGAAAGAAACCCUAUGCAUGUAAGAAAUGUGAAAAAGCCUUUAGUCACAAAGUACAUCUCACAGAACAUGAGAAAACUCACAGUGGACAGAAAGAAUAUGAAUGUAAAGAAUGUGGAAAAGCCUUCAGCCAAAAGCAAUACCUCAUUAAACAUCAGAACAUUCAUACUGGAGUAAAACCCUAUAUAUGCAAGGAAUGUGGGAAAGCCUUCAACCAGAAGGAAAACCUCAUUACCCAUCAGAGAAUCCAUACUGGAGAGAAACCUUUUGAAUGUGGUGGAUGUGGGAAAGCUUUCAUUCAGAAAUCAAGCCUCAUUACACACCAGAGAAGACAUACUGGAGAGAAACCCUUCGUAUGUAAGGAAUGUGGGAAAGCCUUCAGUGGCAAAUCAAAUCUCACUGAACAUGAGAAGAUUCAUAUUGGAGAGAAACCUUAUAAAUGUAAUGACUGUGGGACAGCCUUCAGCCAGAGGCAGUAUCUCAUUAAACAUUACAACAUUCAUACUGGAGAGAAACCCUAUGAAUGUAAUAAGUGUGGAAAAGCCUUUUCACAAAUCACAUCACUUAUUGUACAUGUGAGAAUUCAUACAGGUGAUAAACCUUAUGAGUGUAAGGUAUGUGGGAAAGCAUUCUCUCAAAGUUCAUCUCUUACGGUGCAUGUUAGAAGUCAUACGGGUGAGAAACCUUAUGGUUGUGAUGAUUGUGGAAAAGCCUUUUCUCAGUUCUCAACUCUUGCUUUACAUGCGAGAAUCCAUACAGGUGAGAAGCCUUACCAGUGUAGUGUAUGUGGAAAAGCUUUUAGCCAGAAGUCACACCACAUUAGACAUCAGAGAAUUCAUACUCAUUAAAAAUGGUAUGAAUUCCUGGAAGAAGGACUUCAGCAGAUUCAUAGCACAUUAGGAAAUUCAUUCUAAAACAAAAUGCCAUGAAUGUAGGAAAGCCUUAAAAAAGAAACCCAGUACUUAUACCCAAGAAUUUUCAUGAAGAGAAAGAGGAAAAAGUAGAAACGUGUACUACACAAACUCAUAGCAUACAUUAUUGUUAGACUUUUAGAAGCCUUCUCAUUUAAAGGCAGGAACAAGUAUGGAUCCUGCUAUACACUCUGCUGCUAAACAUGGUCCUGAAUGGAGAUUCUAACUAGUGCAGUAAAAUGAAAGAAAAAGUGGUGUAAACAUUAGACAGGAAGAGACAAAACUACCAUGUUUAGGUAAUAUGAUACCCUACAUAAAGCUCUAUUAAAAUUCUUUGGUAUUGAUGCAUUAGUAGUUAGGUGGAAUAGAAUUUAUUGUCAAGAAACAUACCCAUGAAUUUGUGGGAAAGGAAUGUAGUAGCAUGCAAUAAGGGAAUGAGUGGAUAAAGGGUGUAUUUGCACAACAGAAAAUUGUUGAACAGUUAAAUAAGGCAAAACAAAUGUAUAAGCAAGAAAUUGCAAGCAUUUGAGUGAAAAAUCAAGGCUCAGAAUGAUGCAUAUACUAUGGUACAGUUUUUUAAUUUUGAAUUAAACGCUAACAGAGACCAAUGCUCUGUAUUGAUUAUGAAUUCAUAUGUGCAUGUAAUAGAGAUUAAAAAAAUAGGUUGAAAUUAUGUGCCAAAUUCAUUGUAGUGAUUCCCUCUAGGGAGAUAAGGGAAGAGACUAGGGGUGGUGAUUAAACAGAAUGUUUGGCUUUACAUUUAAAGAUCCAUUUCUGUUUAAAAAGAAAAAAAGACAUGAAAAUAUAACAAAUGUGAGCUAAAUUUUAAAAUUCAGGGGAUAAGGGAAGGAAAGCUAUAACUGCAGAAAUUAUGUUAAGUAUAAAGAAGAGCUGUAGCGUAUUAAUGAAAAUGUACUAUUUUAGCAUGUCAGUGUAUUGUCUGUAGUCUAGUAAUUCCUAGUAUGAUUUUGUAGCACAUUGCUUGGGCUCACACAUUAAGGAUAGUUAUUGGUAAUCAAUGAUUCAUGCACAGACUUUCUUUAUGUGAGUUUUGUUGACCUGUAAAGUUAAAUAAUCAUUUGAUUUUUGCAUUGUUUGAAGGAGAAAACAUUCAAAUGCAUAAAUCUUCUAGAAUUCACUGAAUGUAACUUUAAUCUCUGGAUCUUGGCUUCAUUUGUAACUUGCUGACUAACUUUCAUAUACUCAGCCUGAGACAGCUUGUCUUCUCUCCUUUCUCCUCUUACUUCUCUCUGCCCCUCUCUGAGUGGCCUGAGAGUGAGCAAGAUAUUCUCUGGCCUGAACCAAAUCUACCUGAAGAUAAUUUAUUUUUUUCUCCUUCUUUCUCCACCUGACAAGAAGAAAAGCAUUAGUAUAUUUUGUAACUGGCAUUGAAAGUGAUACAUAGAAUUUACAUGUGAGUCUGAUUUUCUACUCUCAAAGUCAAAAUAAUGAAAAGCUACUGUUAUAACUAUCAAAAUGUUUUGUGUGCUGCCUUGGCAUCCAUUUUACUUUGGUUAAGCCACUUAACACUGACCUUAGGCCUAGUUAAUAAGUAGCUUUCCAGCCCUGUGGUAUAAAUUCUCCCAGAGCCCAAACCUACAUUUGUGGCCACCGCCCACACCAUCUACCCACCCACACACCUCAUCCCAAACCCAUGAUUGAUCCCAAUUGAUAAGCUAACCAUCCUUACUGCCUUCAGAACCCUAGUCCCUUUCCCUUUUCAUGCAUAUUUGCUGUAAACUAACUAGUCCUUGACUCCCAUGGAAAAUCUAAUCUCUACCCCUGGACCACAGUAAAGGCACAAGCUCACAGGUCCCUCUCACUCUGCUUGUGUGCUCCCCACCUGCUGGUUGAGCCAUCCAAGCUGAUUGUAGUUCCUGCCAACCCCUCAUGACACCCCUCUCACUUUUGAACCUGUGAGUAGCAAACUCUUUUCUCAUACAUUAUGACCUCAGACUUCCAUUGUGUCACACUUGACCUCCACCCAGACCCAAAUUUAAAUUCCGACUUAACUAAUCCAAAGCAGCCACCAUAGCUUUGUCUUAUAAUAGCCAUUCUAUCAUCUUAUACUAGCCAUUCUAACAUUAAACUACAUAAUCUUUUUAAGCUAGAUAAUGUGACACAUAAAAUGUCCUUAUUCUUUCUCCAAACCCUAUGACAUCUUAGCUCCCCAGAAAUGUUAGUGUCCUUUUAUCUUCAAUUUUUGCCUUCCCAUAAGUAGUCUCUUGGAUAUGGUUCUGCUAGCCUUGAAUAUUGUGUAAUAAAAUCUCUGCUUUUUCUGUU